UUCUGUAUUUCUUGAAUGUCUUUUCUCACAUCUGUCUUCAAGGCCCAAGAUGCAUUGGAGGAUCAAGAGCAGGGAGCCUUGGAGUCCGAAAAACAUGUACUGAAGGAAAGGACAAAGUUCCUGGAACAGAGGUGUAAUGCCCUGAGUUCUUUGAAAGCAGCUAAGGAAGUGGAAUUGAAGCUGCUAAGGAAGAAAGUGGAUAUCAUGGUGGAUUUCUCUGAACGAAGAACAGCGCUGCCGAAAAGAAGCUGGAAAAGACACUUUAUGAACUGGAGGCAACAAAGAAUCAGAUGGCAGAUGCUGAGGAAAAUCUGAAAGUAAUCAAAGAAGAAACAGACAAGUACAAACAACAGAUCGGAGAGAUGCAAGACCAGCUACAGGAGGCAGAACUCACCUUCAAACACAAGAUUGCAGUUUAUGAAAAGAAUGCUGCAAAGAACUGGAUGAAGGCUCGGGUUUGGGAGCAGAAGAUACAGCAGCAGAUCAGGGAGAACGCCUACAUGAUACACAGACUGCACAUGAUGAAAGGAGAGAUGCUGCCUGAGGGAUGCAUGACGCAGGAAGCGAUGCGGGGAAGACCCGAGAUGUGGAGCCCUCCAUGGAGAGAUGCCCCCAGGCAGCAAGGCACUUGUCCCUGUGUCAGGUGGAGCUCACACCCCUCCCCUGACUGCAGACCUGCCCCUUCACCACCCCCUACUGAAGAGAUGAGCCUGGAGGAGUCAUGGGCCGCAACUUCCUUGCCACCUUGACUCAGUGGUGAAGACCUUUUUGUUUUUUAAAAAUUUUAUUUAAUCAUUUGGGAGAGAGAGAGAAUGAGUAGGGGAGGAGAGACAGAGAGAGAUGCAGACUCACCACUGA